CGAGAAGGAGAAAAAAAGAAAAGAAGAGAGGAAGGAACCGAGAAAGGAAUGAAGGGAGCGAACUCUCAUUUUCACGUCGUCGCUUCUGUUGUGCAGGCUCGCUGUGCGGCGCGAGGGUUGUUUAGUAAACGGAGACUCGCGCAGGCUCGUGCUCAACCUCAUCGCACGCGGCUACAUUCUUCAACACAGUGAGAUUUAACGUUACGAAACGCAGCGCUUCACAGACAAGCACCCAGGCACCGAGUCCGCCGACAGGCAACCUGAGCAGACUCGAGCAGCACCCACCGCACACAAACCGAACGAGGACCAUGGAGAGCGCAAGCAACUUGUCGGAUAACCGGAACCAGCUCCCCGUGCUCUCCAGCAACAGCAGUUUCUGUGGGAACUUCACCGACAGCAACAUCAACAACACGAGCUUCGCGGAGGCGCGAUGCCACGGGGAUCGCGGACUGACCGGCAUCCCGGACGACGACACCAACCCGGUUAUCAUAGCGAUCGUUAUCACCGCGCUCUACUCCAUAGUGUGCGUGGUGGGGCUGGUUGGAAACGUGCUAGUCAUGUAUAUCAUCGUCAGAUACACUAAAAUGAAGACCGCCACCAACAUCUACAUCUUCAACCUCGCUCUGGCCGACGCCUUGGUCACCAGCACGCUACCAUUCCAGAGCGUCAACUACCUGAUGGGGACCUGGCCGUUUGGAGACAUGCUGUGCAAGAUGGUGAUGUCCAUCGACUACUACAACAUGUUCACCUCUAUCUUCACACUCACCACCAUGAGCAUUGACCGCUACGUCGCUGUGUGCCACCCGGUCAAAGCACUGGACUUCAGGACACCGCGUAACGCCAAGAUUGUCAACGUCUGCAACUGGAUUCUCUCCUCGGCCAUCGGGUUGCCUGUAAUGUUCAUGGCCUCCACCGCUGUCACUCCCUCCAGCAUUGUUGACUGCAAGCUAAUAUUCCCCCACCCCUCCUGGUACUGGGACACCCUGCUGAAGAUCUGCGUGUUCAUCUUUGCCUUCAUCAUGCCCGUCCUCAUCAUCACCGUCUGCUACGGCCUCAUGAUCCUCCGGCUGAAGAGUGUGCGCAUGCUGUCGGGCUCCCAGGAGAAGGACAGGAACCUGCGUCGAAUCACCCGCAUGGUCCUGGUGGUGGUUGCCGUCUUCAUCAUAUGCUGGACACCUAUCCACAUCUUUGUCAUCAUCACAGCUCUGAUCAAUAUCCCCAGCUCCACGCUGCAGACUAUCACCUGGCACUUCUGCAUUGCCCUUGGAUACACCAACAGCAGUCUGAACCCGGUUCUUUAUGGCUACCUGGAUGAGAACUUCAAGCGUUGUUUCCGUGAGUUCUGCACCCCAAGUCCCUCAGUGUUGGAGAUACAGAACUCGUCUCGGACCGGAGUCACUAGCCGCAAGCUCCCACAGCGCGAACACAACAGUGCCAACACAGGAGAUAGGUCCAAUCAACAGGUAUGACUAGCCUUGGAGGGGUCGUCGGUGGAUUCUCGCUGUUGUGGCGGCAUUGCCAACGACGAUCUCAACUCAGAGGUCACGCAGGUCACCACGGGGCUCUGAGCACACAAACACAAAUGACACGUACAUACAAACAAUCCAGGACAUGACUGAGACUCGAUAGCACAGAGCAUUUAAACAAUGGUUUUCCAUCUUAAUUGCAGCGCUGCAUCAGUGUUACUGUUACUGACUGCAUGGCUUUUACUCUGAAACAGAUACAGAAACGGGUCAGGACUCAAACAGAAAACCAAGACUCCUCCUGAAGGAAGAAGCUUUUGGCACUAAAUUGUGCAUUAACGCUACUACAACUUUUAGUUUUCAUUAUUAUUAUUACGAUAACAAUAAAGAGUGUAGUAAACCAAGACAGGUGUAUAGACAGAUCUAUAAAAGACGCUCAACCAAGACACUUUUAUGAUGCUGUUUUGCUGCCACAUUGAUCGAAGCCUAGUCAUCCGAAAUUCUCUUGGUUGUAAAAUAAUUAAUCAAUUAAUUGUCUUAUUUGCAGAGUUUAUAUGACUUCCCUCCAAUAUGUCACUUUUCUACCAGAAAUUUUCGUUUUGAAUUGUUCAUACGUGUGUGAGAGGACAGUGUAAGUAGUCAGGACAUGUGGAUUUAUGGAUGUUACUGCACGGUAAAGGAUCUAAUUGGAUUUUGGACUUGUGUUACCGAAUGGCCAAAGGCUCUGUGGCUCUCCCACCACAUGAAGACAUCACUGGACAGGAAGUGUUAUUCAAAGUAUUUUACAGCUCCAACUGUGCUUCUGAUCCGACUUCUGUAUGGAUUCCACCCUAUUAACACCGCUCUCCAUAUAUUGAUCUGCACAGCGCCAUGCUGGCUUUGGUCACUUCUGGAAGACUGACUGUGUUGACAUACGCCUGUGCUCUCUCCUCUCAACCCACCUAACCUUUUGUUGUUAUUUACUGCCCCUUCGGCCUUCAUUAUUUUCUGUUCUUUCAUGUUGUCUCUCUAAAAAGUGUUUACCCUUUUACUGGAUGUAUCAUUGUGUAGACAAACAGUAGAGCACUGUGUGUCCUCUCUGCUGAAUUUGAUAAAGUUCUGAAUGUACAGAAGGAAAGCCAGCUGUGUUUAUCACACUGGAUCCUUGGGCUGAACUGUGGAUCCGCUGAAACAGCAAAGACGGUGCAUUAGCCUGUUUGCACGGCGCAAAGAGCAUGUUAUUGUGGCAUAUAAUGCGACAUGUGGUCCUACAAGUGUAUGAUUAACUACAGCUUAACAGCCAUUACACCAGGUAUGGGUUUUAAUGGAGUCACUUCUCCUCUUAAACAAGUGAGCCAAGCAGGAUUGUAAAUCUGUUGUAACCUUUAGAAUUGCUUGUGCUUACGUGUUGUGCUGUGUGCUAUACUUGCCAGUUGCCUUCACAGAAGCUCUACUCGAUAUUCUGUGUACCAGUAUUUUUUUGUACGAUGCGUGAAGAUGAACAUGAUUGUAUAAAUCUCCCAUGUAAAAUAGUGUAAGUAUUCUGUUGCUUUUUUUUAUGAAUAUGAAAUCAUGACUUUGCCAGAAAAUGAUUUCUGAUGAUCACGGUGGACCAGUUAUCGUGCUUUUAAAUAUAACUUUUGUCAUAUUGAAUCUGCCUUGUUAACUGAAGAGAUGUAUAUUAAUCAGAAUGCUACUUGUAAAAUCUUAAAUUGCUAAGAGUUUAACUUUGACUGUUUCAUUUAUUUUUUUGUACAUACAAGCCUAUUUGUAUCCGUUUAUAUUUGGUAUCGCUGCUUUAUGUCAAUUUUGAAAGAAUUAUUGUUAUUUUCAGUCUUUCAAGUAGCCAGCUGCCACAACAGAAAACUGUGUAUAAACUGUGGCCAAAUUGUCGAAGAUUGAAAUAUUACCAAAACAGCAGCUGAGUUUGGCUAGUGCCACAUGCUGUAUUGCAAUUCACCUUUUUAUGCCGUGUAAUGCAUUUCCGGGCAAAAUGAAGAUUAAUUAAAUAAGCAGAAUGCUGUGCUUCGAAAUGCUGCUAGCUAGCAAACUUUUAGCUGUGGUAAGUAAGUAAGAGCUACUUAGUCCUAGAACAAUGCUUUUAAAUUUGUUAAUUAACAAAAAUUAACAGUGAGAUGAUAAGAAAUGAACGAACAUUUUCUGGAACAAAAGGGGCCAAUUGGCAGUAAGACAUAUUUUGCAGCAGGCGACACAUACAGAAUAUACUGUUGAAGCUAAAUGUAUUUAAUGAUGUCCAUGAUCCGUACACAUGCACCAUUGGAUUUUUCCUUUUUUUCAUUUGCUUGCUUUCAUGACUUGUGACACAAUCAUGACUUGUAAAUGGCAUUUCCUGUAAUCUAAAGACAAGAAUUUCUACUUUAUGAACAUUCUGUAACAAAAUGCGUGUAAACAUUGUACUGUUAAUCAUUGUUUAUGGAAUACAAUGUACUUCUGAAUCUCAAGGAAUGCCUUUUUUUUUGCAUCUGAAUAAAAUAUCACCUGCAUGCGGA